AUGAAAAUAUUUAUAUUAACCUUGACUCUAUUCCUAUAUACAAUACUAUCAUGCCCCGAACACUUUGAAGACUAAAAUUAUGAACCCACAGUGCUUGAACUAGACACCUUAAAUAAUAACUUUCGUAAUUUAUAAAAAUAAUAGAAACCUAGAAAUAUGAUAAUCACUUUUAAUUAUGAUUAAUUUUCAAAUCUUGAUACAAAGAUUGCUAUAAAUUAAAAGUUUAAAGAAAUGAUCUAAAAAGCCAUGGAUAUAGCUGCGAAAUUUUUUUACGACUUGAUAACAAUUGUCCCAAAGUCCUUAGAAUAAAGGAAAUGGAAUUAAGAAUUAAAUGUAUGUGGUGGUGGAAAUUUGCUUGCGAAAAUAAAAUAAGAAGAACGAGCUUCUACCAGAGACACUGAUUUGCAUAUUUAUGUGACUUAUGCAAAUGAAAAAAGAUAAACUUAUACAGCCUACGCUGCUUCUUGUUAAGAAAUAAAAGGCAUUGGACCUACUCAUGGCUAAAUAACCUUUAAUUUUGAAUUAAUAACCAAGUCUAAAAAAUUAGAUGACCCUAUAGAAUUCAGUAAUUUAGUCGAUACUGUAAUCCACGAAUUGAUUCAUGUCCUUGGUUUUAACGCUUAAUCUUACACAAAAUGGGUUGACAAAAACAAGUAGCCUCACAUAAAUGUAAGUACACAAAUAAAUGUGAGAGGACUUCCCACAACUUUCCUAUCAACCCCCAACGUCCUUAAAUUUGCUCGUGAAUAUUACAAUUGUCCAACCUUAAAAGGAUUUCCUUUAGAAAACUAAGGUGGUAAUGGAAAUAAAGAUGGACAUUGGGAAAACACAGCAAUUUUAGAUGAAUUAAUGAGACCUAUAAAUACACUUACAGUGCCUAUUUUUUCUGGUUUUACAGCUGCUUUAUUAAUGGAUACUGGUUAUUAUAGUUCAAUAAACUAAAAAAUGGUCGGAUCUAGUUUUUAUGGAAAAGGUGCUGGCUGUGAUUUCUUAACAAAAGAAUGCGAUGAAAAUAGCCGAGAAUAUUGCAAAGAAAAUUAAAAAGAAUCAUGUGAUUAUUACAAUCAUGCACCUUCUACUUGCGAAAAUAAUUAAUUUAUGGAUAAAAAUUGUAGAUUUAUGAGAGCUAAAGUAGAUUACAAAUGCUAUGAUCCUAAUAACUUUAAUAAUAAAACUACGUUAUACACUGGUUACUACAGCCAGGAUUUCGGAUAUGGAGCCAAAUGCUUUAAUAGUAGUAUAGUAAAAAAAUUUGCAAAGGAACAAGAUAUGAGUUUAAAGCCUAGUUGUUAUAAAUAUACUUGUAGUAAUGAUAAUAAAAGUUUAACAAUUGUAAUAAGAGCAAAAAAAAUCGAGUAGAGCUAGGUAAUUAAAUGUACAUAAGAUGGAUAGCUAAUAUAGGCUACUGGUGAAUAUGAAGGAUAAUUAAAAUGUCCGGAUAAAAUAGAAGAAUUUUGUUAAUAUGAAUAUAUUUGUCCUAAUUCUUGUAAUAAAAAUGGAUAUUGUUCAAAAGGAAAAUGUGUUUGUUUACCUUAAUAUAGAGGUGAUGAUUGUGCACUUUAAAAUAGUGCACUUUAAAAUAAAUGA